AUGGUUUGGGUGUUUCUUCUUUUCUUUCUCCAACUUGGCAUAAAUGCAAUUUCAAGCGUUUCCUCAGUCUUCCCACCUCAAUACUCUCAAUAUUUAGAUUGAAAUACUAAUAUUGACAUAAAGCUUACAGAAGCAAUCUUGUCUGGUGAAGAAAUUCAGCCAAGCUUUGGAAUUUCCUUUUGGAUCAAAAUAUAUGAUAUAAAAAGCGACCAAUUUAUAUUUUUAAUAGACCAAUCAAAGUCGAAAUCCAAAUCAAAUUGAAAAUUUAACAAUUAUCUUGGCCUUAAAUAUUCAUAUUUGUUGCCAUCAUCAUCUUUUUAUUUCUUUUUAGAGUGGGCACAAGAAAAUGCUGGUCCCUCAUCAAUUUUGAAGCUAUCUUAUGUAAAAAUAACAUAG